AUGGUUAAAGAAACAAAAUUAUAUGACUUAUUGAACGUUUCGCCCGAUGUCAACUCCUCACAGCUCAAGAAAGCAUACCGAUCUGCCGCUUUGAAGUAUCACCCCGAUAAAAUCGGGUCAACCGGAGGUGGCAACAACAACACCGAACAAGCCACACAUGUAUUCCAAGAAGUUACCACUGCUUACGAAAUUCUCUCCGACGACAGAAAAAGGUCUAUUUAUGAUACUUAUGGAAUGGAAGGUCUGCGAUCGUCUUCAUCGGCGGUUCCGGAACCUUCUUUCGAUGAGAAGUUUCAACAGGCGGAGUCGUUGUUCGAUCAUUUAUUUGGAUCGGCUUCGGCUACAGAUCUGGCAUCUUUAUUCGAUUCCAUGUCUGAACCACGAACGUCUGGCCAUGGUCACCGGCGCAUGCGGAAAGGAAGAAACAUCUACCACACAACGUACUGUUCUCUUCUAGAUUUCUACAACGGCAAGACAAUGAAGCUAAGCUUGACUAGAAAGGUCAAGUGUACCGAUUGUCAUGGUCGUGGAGGUAGUCAUGUUGAAUGUCCUGCCUGCAUGGGAAUGGGAACUAUAGUGAAUGAAACAAGAAUGGGAAUGAUACACCAACGUAUUCAAACCACAUGUCAUCAAUGUAAUGGCUCGGGCCAGUACAUCCCUGAAGAAUAUAUUUGUGGGAGAUGUCAUGGUCAUCGACUGAUUGACCAAAAAGUGAUUUUGGAUAUAAAUGUUCCAAAAGGAGCAAAGCCAGGAUAUGAAAUAGUAUUUCCGAACGAUGCUGAUGAAGGAUUUAACAUCAUUCCUGGUGACGUGGUUAUCACCUUACAAGAAGACAAGUCGCGCGCGAUCAAAAAUUUCCAGCGAAGAGGAGAUAACUUGUUUACGACAGUCAAUUUAUCACUUUCCAAGGCAGUGUGUGGUGGUCUAUUAAAAAUAGAGCAUCUCAAUGGAAAGAUGAUGAAACUGUACAUCAACAGAGGAGAUUUGGCAAACCCAAAUACAAUCAAAUUGGCAAAAGGAUACGGUAUGCCUAUACAGAGUGAUUCGGGCAUCGGGGAAACGAGCUACGGCGAUUUAGUGAUUAAAUUCAAUAUUGAGUUCCCAAAAAUUCACGAACUUACUGAAGUUCAGUAUGGAAUGUUGAGCAAAGCGUUGGACCCUUAUUUCAAACCAAAGAACAUAUCAAGCUCUUCAUCUUCUGAAGACGUUUCGGUGGAGGAUUUCUCUCCUUUUUCGAAUUCUAACAAAUCUGGAUCUUCGGAGUCGGCUGCUACUAGCAUGAAGGGACUUAAGGAUCCUGCAGAGUCUAUCGAGGAAGAAAGCGAUGAUAGCGACAUUGUUUAUCUUUCGGACUUUUCAGAUUCUACAAGUUCUAACUCCAAGGAGAGUGACAGUUUAGAUGACGCAUAUGACCGAACUGAACGUCAAAAGAGGUUCAAAAGUACUUGA